AUGGCCCCCUUCGGGCACGAUUCGCCUCUUGGUGGACCGCAAAAGCUGGAAGGUUACGGCGAUACUGAUGCCUGGCAAUGGCCGCAACCUGCAACGCAAGCGAGCUCAUAUACGCCCAUUUUCGACCACUCUGUCUACGCCCAUCUUAAUUCCCAGCAACCAGGCCCGUUGCCCGUUGCUCGCCAUCACUCCAUCGCAACUUCCCAUGUUGUCACCCAAGGAAGGGCCACCCCACCUUCAAGGAGUCAGCUCACCGGAGCCAUUGUGAAGGCUCAACCGGCUUUCAAACCUACCUGGCACGGGUUUCUCGACACUACCAAAGAUGCCAUGACCAUCGUGGAGGCUGCACUGCAGGGACGACUUGGACAUAUCAGCCGUCGGCCGCACGAUAAGGAACGCGCUGAGAUGCUCACCUCCGGUACUGUUCUUGUCUACGAGGAAAAUGCGUCUGGCAUCAGACGCUGGACCGAUGCCGUUCACUGGUCUCCGAGCAGGGUCAUGAACAACUGCCUCAUCUACCGCCAACUUACUCGGGCUUUGAAGCCCGAGGAGAAACGUUCCGCCCUCAACCCGUCGUGCAAUGGCAAGCGAAAACGCAAGGAAAGCGCGGGCCAUGCAGCCACGAAAGCACUCGAAAACGUAUCGGAUGAUGAAUACGACAAUCCUGUCUUCCAGGGCGCUGUUGCUGGUGACGUUACACCGGUAGAACCCUCGGAGAAGGUCUAUGCGAACUUUGCUCAGAGCCUGACGCCCGAUCAGCAGCGACGCUUCUGCGGCUCUUUGAUCGACAGCUACGAGUUCAAAGAGGGUGGCCUAAUGAAGAAGACUAUCUCAGUGAAAUACCAGGGGACCAAUCAUCACAUCAUCUCUUACUACACGCUCGAGGAUGUCGUGCAUGGCAAGCUCAAGCGUCCGUGUGAGGACCCGGAUCUGCGCGAUAUUCAACCUCGACCGGAUCUGCUCACUGGCUGGAAGGUCAGUCUGGAAGAUGAAGAGAGCAAGGAACAGCCGCAAUAUCCAACCCACAUGCCCGUGGCGCACCACCCCCAGACUGGGCUUCCGCCACAGAUCUAUGUCCAAAUCCCAGGAAGCUGGCAUGGGAACCAAGUCUCUCAGUACUCAUCACCUCAGAGCGCUCAUCCUUAUCCACCGCCUCAGGUCAAUCCUUCUCAGUACAUUGCUCAGCCGAGUCAGUCGCAGUAUCCGGUGCAGCAUCACUCUCCGCAACACUACUCGCCCCAGGUCCCGCGUGCCCCUCAGCAGUAUUCUCAAACAGCUUCUUCGCACCACCUGCCCGCACAGCAUGGGUCGGUUCAACGCUACCCUUCUCCGGCGUCUUUGGCGCAUCAGUAUUCGCCACAUGCUCAACAAUCGACGCAGUACCCUCCAGCCCAACAAUCAGCAGCUCCUCAACAAUACGGCCCACCGGCAACUGUGCAUUACCCUACAGCCCCCCAAGAGGUGGUCCCCCAGGCUCCUCCGUAUGCCAUGUCUCAGACGCAAGUAGUCGAUUAUAGCGGUCAAGGUCCACUUCAGCAACACAGUGUGUACCGACGCACCUCGGCUCCUAUGGUCAUGCAGCAACCUUACGACCACCCAGCCUACCCUUCUGCACCCCAGGCACACCCCUCCACAUACUACGUCACAGACGCCAAAUACACCCCGAACCAGAGCUUUGAGUACUGA